UGAUCAAAACCCUUUUUUUUCAGGGUAACUUGCCAAAAUAUUCCCACAACUCCCUGGUGGUCCAGGCGAUGAAGACCAACAUGACGGACCCUGACAUGCACGUGCUGUUCUUUGACGUGGAGGCAAUGAUCAUCCAGCUUCUGACGGAGGAGGCGCAGAGACCAAACCCAACCCUCGUGUCUCCUGAAACUCUCCAGAAGAGUCAGGCUGGAGCAGACAAGGGGGGCUCCUUCCUGGCAAACAAAAUCUUCAAGCAGGUGAAGGAGACCAUGAAGGAGACCAUCAAGGAGCACCUGUUAGAUGAAGACGAUGAGGAAGAGGAGGAGAUGAGGAGGCGCGAGGAGAAAUCAAAGUCCUUGAGUUUGCUGGAGUACAACCUGACCAUGGACACGGCUAAGCUCUUCAUGUCCUGCCUCCACGCCUGGGGUCUCAACGAACAGCUGGAUGGCAUCUGUCUGGAGCGACUGGGCAUGCUCAGACCGCACUGUCCCAUCUCCUUCGGCCUGAUUUCCAGAGGAGGUCAUAUGUCCCUCAUGCUGCCCACCUUCAAGGUAGCUGCUCAUCUUCUCUGCAGAUGGUUUCAAUGUGUCAAAGUCAAGGCCCGGGGGCCGGAUUUG